CGGGAGAAAAAGCGCGCGCUCAGCGAAACACAACCUUGUGUGUGCGUGUCGGUGUCUUUUUCUAAAUGUUUUAAUUUUAAUUGUUAGCCAUGGAUGAUCCAAUCUUCAAGCAGAAAUAUGAGAAGUAUAAGCUGCGCGUCAAGGUGUGGGAGAGGGAUUUCAAGAAGAAGCGUGGCCGUGUGCCCUCUAAGUACGACAUACGAGAGGCCGGCCAGGACAUACGCGACUCCUACAAGAUGUACUACAAGCUAAAGACCUCAUUCCUGGAGGAGACCCUAAACGACGUGCUCAGCGAGGAUGGCUUCGACGUCCUCGAAAUGUCACAGGCCAGCGAGCUGGGAGUCAGUCUCCUGGACAACGACAUUAGCAUGCAGAACGCGCCCCACCUACCGAUGGACAUAUCCUCGAUUGUGGAUCAGCAAGCGGCGAGUGGAGGCUUCUCCAAUCUGGAGGAGCUGCCCAAUCCCCAGGCCCUGACCAACCUCGUAAAUCGUGAUGAAAACCAUGUGAUAAGGAAAUUCGAAGCCGUCGAAGAACUGCCGAUCAAUCGCAAUGCCUGGGGCACAGAUGUCAGCAAGAAGCCGCAGCCAGAGGAGCCAUUGACUGCCUCGUUGCCACACGCACAGCCCAAGCAGCGGGCGGCCAGCUUGAAGCCCAGCCUCAGUGCCAAACUAUUUGAAUCCACACGCGGCUUUGCCAAGCGCAAUCCCCGCAAGCCACUCUCCCGCAGUGCCUCCAAUGUGUCCGCCUCUGUCUCGUCUGGCAGCCGGCCGGGGCACGACGAUCUGGCCGAGGAACUGCCCGACUUUGAGACGAUUCUCAUUCGCAAAGCGCAGGAAUACAAAGAAAAAGAGUUGGCCCUGGCUGCCACUCCACAUCUAGCCACGGAGCAACAUAAGGAUGCCAUCAAGACGCACGUAGACGAAGGCUGGCUGCAAAGGAACACCGAGGAGAACACUCUCGAUGCAGCGCCAGAGCCCAAUAACAAUGCCGAUCAUCAGCCCAAGAAAGUCAACUACGGCCUUGCGAACAUCGAUCUGAGCAUGCUGCGGCCAAGUGAGAGUCUGGAGAAGCAGCAGCCUGUAGCCGCAGAACAUGUGCCAGACACUGUUGUGGUGGCCAAAGCAACUGCAGAGCAGGAAACGGACAGCGAUUCCGACUCCGUGGUGGCCGAAAGUGAUGAGGAGCCCGAACCGCAGGAGUAUCGGCAGUUGGCCAAGCGGCGAAAGGUUGCGCCAGAGGCAGAGGCAGAGGCAGAGGUACAAGUAGCAGCAGCAGCUGGCGCGGAGCCAAUGGAAGUUUCCUUACCCGAACCUGAAGAGAAGGAGGAGUCCAUACUCAAAGACUUUUCCGCGGAUGAGGAGGAGCAAGAUGCCACCUAUGAGCCGGAGGAAGGGAAGAAAGCCAAGGCAAAGCGUAAGCAAGCAGCGGGUAAAAGACAAACCACCAAACCCAAGGCAGAGAAGAAGCCAAAAGCAGAGAAGCAGCCAAAGGCAGAGAAGAAGCCAAAGGCAGAGAAGAAACCAAAGGCAGAGAAGAAACCAAAGGCGGAGAAGAAACCCAAAGCCGCUGCAACGGCAGUGCCCGAACCACAGGAAGAGGAGGAGGAACAGAGCCAGCCAUUGGAUCCCGAAGAUCUCAAGUAUAUGCUCGCCCUGGAGGCGGGCGAAGUAACCUCCGUGCCACGCAUCAAUGCCCAGGAACUGGAACAGGCAGACGUCACAGCCCAGCGCUACAUAAACACCUUUGCCACGCCCGUAAUGGCAGCGGGAUCGGGACUAGCUGGAGGCAACUUCCCUGUGAAUGAGAAGCGAGCUGCAGCCAGAAAGAAGCUGGAGGAGCGCGUGGCCUCGGGCAAACUGAACGAGAACUUCGUGACCAUCAACAUACAGAAGAAGAAAUUUGUGCGGGGCAAGAAGUCCGUGAACUUUACCAAGUACAAGAAGCAGCAGUGGCGCCACAAGAAGCACAUUGCGGCACUGUCUGGCCCGGACAUGGACAUGGGCGGCUGUGAUGGCGGGGUGCUGACCUGCUUCCAGUGCGGCGGCGUCGGGCACUUUGCGCAGCAGUGCAAGAUGAAGGGCGACAGUCUGCUGCCGCUUUCCGCGCAGCUGGAAGAGGAUCCCUCGCCGUUUCCCACGCUGGCCGAGGCUCAGGAAAUGGCCUCGCAGGGCGCCCUGGUGGCGCACAGUCGCAACAUUGAGCGUCUGCCGCAGGCGGCCAAUGCGGCAAUUCUGCAAAUCGAAGAGGAGGAGUCUGAGGAGAGUGAGCAGGAGGAGGAGGAGAGUCACAGCGAUGGGCCAGAGGGACAGCCUUGCCCAGACCCAGACUGGUCUAGCGACGAACCGGAUAUAGACUUCGAGGCGUUGGAUGCUGCGGUGGCAGCGUCACAGUCGCAGGCACCCGCUUCACCCAUCAAGACCUACGUGGGCCACAAGAUACCCGAAGCGUUUCUCAAACAGGCUGGCCUGGAUGCCGCCUCCACUUCGGCGUCCGGCGGCGCAAGUCGCAGCCAGCAUGGUGGCGUGCAGCCACUGUACGAUCUGCUGCCCGAUGGCAGUGUGCAGGAGGCAACACCCGAGGUCCUGGAAGCCCUGCACAUGUUUGGCCACAGCAACUUUCGCAAAGGUCAGGAUCGUGCCAUUAUGCGCACACUCUCGGGACUGUCCUCGUUGGUCACCCUAAGCACUGGCAGUGGCAAGUCGCUGUGCUACCAGUUGCCCGCGUAUCUGUACAACCGGCAGAGGGGUGCCAUUACGCUGGUCAUCUCGCCGCUGGUGUCGCUGAUGGAGGAUCAGGUGACGGGCGUGCCGCACUUUCUGCGCGCCCACUGCCUGCACACCAACCAGACGCCACAGCAGCGCAUCAAGGUGCAGGAGAUGAUUGCCAACGGGGAGAUUGACAUUCUGCUUGUGUCGCCCGAGGCCGUGGUGUCGGGGGAGCGGGCCACAGGCUUUGGGGCCAUUCUGCGCAAGCUGCCGCCCAUUGCCUUUGCGUGCAUCGACGAGGCUCAUUGCGUGUCCCAGUGGAGCCACAAUUUUCGGCCCAGCUACCUGAUGAUCUGCAAGGUCCUGAAGAAGAAUCUUGGCGUGCAGACAGUGCUGGGUCUGACCGCCACAGCCACUCUGCCCACGAGGGUGAGCAUUAUCCGUCACUUGGGCAUCACGGAUGGGGAGCGGGGCAUCAUUAGUGAUACUCCGCUGCCGGACAAUCUGAUCCUAUCCGUGUCCAAGGAUGAGAACCGCGAUGCGGCACUGCUGCAGCUGCUCAACAGCGAGAGAUUCGAGUCUUGCCAGUCGAUUAUCAUCUACUGCACGCGUCGUGAUGAGUGCGAGCGGAUUGCCGGCUUCAUACGCACCUGCGUGCAGGAUCGCAGGAAACCAACAGGCGCCCAGGAGCAGGGCAAGAAGCGCAAGCGCGUGAACUGGCAGGCCGAGCCGUACCAUGCGGGAAUGCCUGCCUCGCGGCGGCGCACCAUCCAGAAGGCUUUCAUGGGCAAUGAGCUGCGCAUUGUGGUGGCCACCAUUGCCUUUGGCAUGGGCAUCAACAAGCCGGACAUUCGUGCUGUGAUCCACUACAAUAUGCCGCGCAACUUCGAGAGCUACGUGCAGGAGAUUGGUCGCGCUGGUCGCGAUGGCCUGCACGCCCACUGCCACCUCUUUCUGGACGCGAGGGGCGGCGAUCAGGGCGAGCUGCGGCGUCAUGUGUAUGCCAAUUCCAUUGAUCGUCAUGUGAUAAGGAAGCUGCUGCAAAAGAUCUUUGUGCCCUGCAGCUGUGAGAAGCAAUUGCCGAAGGGAGCGGCACCACCACCCGUCCCAGCCUUAGAGGCCGACGGAGCACGGCACCACGUCUGUCCGGGCCAUGAGAUUGGCUUCUCUGUGGAGAAGACUGUGGAAAUGCUGGAUAUUCCCGCCGAGAAUAUAUCCACGCUGCUGUGCUACAUGGAACUGGAGCCGCGUUGGUGCAUAAAUGUCCUCAGCUCGGCGUAUAUCAUGGCCAAAGUGAUCUCCUACGGUGGCCCAAAGUAUUUGAAGCAUGCAGCCAAAGAGUGUCCGCCGCUGGCCAUGGCCAUUGCCCUGCAGAUCAAGGACAAGAGCUUCAAGGACGACUCGAAUAUCAUUGAGUUUUCGGUGACGGACAUUGCCGCUGGCAUUGGCUGGAACAGCGGUGUGGUCAAGUAUCAGCUGAAGGAUCUGGAAUGGAUUAAGGUUGGUGGCUUCCCAAAGCGUUCGCCCAUCACGGUCAGCUUCUAUGAUUUGGGUUUCCGCAUUAAGGUGCCCGGGGACUUCACCGAAACGGAGAUCGACAGCGCACUGGACACGCUCUACACGCGUUCCGUCAAGCAGGAGAAGACUCAGCUGAUUCAGCUGCAGUACGUGGCCCAUGGCCUGGCUGCCGUGGCCUACAGCUCGUGUGGCCACUGCUGCAGUGCGGACUUUCCGCAGGAUCGGUGCACACAGCUGAAGGCUAUUGUGAGGAAUUACUUCCAGAACGACUAUCCGCAGGACCUUCAACUGGAGAUUGAGCCCAGCAAUGUGCCGGAUGAGAGCAUCGUGGAUGAUGUUCAUUCCCUGAUCAACAUGUAUCCCGACAACACAUUCACGGGACGGAAUAUUGCCCGCAUAUUCCAUGGCAUUACGAGUCCAAACUACCCGGCCGUCAUGUGGGGACGUUGCAAGUUCUGGCGCGCCCACAUGAAAGUCGACUUUAAUCGCAUUCUCCUGUUGGCCAAUCAGGAGAUUAUCAAACGGCGUACUUGAGCCAACACUGCCAUUGUCCUUUGUUCCUUUUAAGAAAAGCUGCAGCGAAGCGGCAUUUUUAAGUCUGUU